AUGUCGAAUACUACUCAUGGAUCCGAACCCUCUUGGAAAAAGUUGAAACUAUCUUUUGAACGCCCAUAUACGGACGAUGCAGGAAACCGACUACCUGUGCUUUAUGAUUUAACUCCUGAAGGCGAUCGCAUCUACGAACCCCAGCAGUCUUUCUCAGAGAGACUCGAAUCCAAUAUACGGCGAAUCUUUGUUGAACGAGGGGCAAAUUUCUUUCAGCAGUACGAUGGACUAAUUUCGGAGAGCAAGAAUAAUCUAUUAAAGGACACUCAGACGGAGGAAGAAGAAGAAGGCCCUGAAGGUUCUAAUCCCUCCUCCAAAUUCAUGACAAUGGAGGAGCUGUAUGCCAUGCGAGCUGAAAUCAUGCCGCAGUUAUUCGUUGCUCUAGGAGAAAUGUCUCAUGCGAGAGAUUUAUUGAAUGCUGUAUUAUCUGGGACAAUAAGCGGCCAGGCUGCGACAGGCCAAGCCCUACCUGAUCAAAUCCCACCAGAUUCCUCUCCGUCGUCACUCUCUGCAACCAUCGUUUCCAAACCACCUUCCAUCGUUUCAGUACAAGCAUUCAACUCGCAAUUGGUCAUUGGUAGCAAAGAUGAAGCACUACGUAAAGCCUCUGGACUUUUCAAAUCUGCGUCGGAAAGCAUGGAACGUUCAAGAUUAAUGGGUGAAAAAUACUGGGUUGAUGCACUGAGGAUCAGGCGAGCAAAUUGGGGUCUCACUCCCGCGCCUCUUCCAGCAGGUUCUGCCACUGGUAAAGGUGCCGACAAAACAUCCAAAGACUUUAUGAUUUCCUACGGCCUCGAAAGAUCACCUGUGGACUUUCGUCUUCGUGCCAUUGCUCGUAUGCCUAUCGUCGGCAACUCUGCUGAGGACAUUAACCUUCCCUUUCACCAGAAUACACGCCUACGAAUUUCGAUAACAACAGUCGACGGCGCAUCGACUACAUCGUGUUUUUUUGUCGCACCGAUGCCCACUGGUCGAGCCUCUGAUCCGGAAAUUGUCCUUAAAACCGCACAAAUAGAAAUUAUAGAUCAAGAAAUAUUUUCCUUGUUAGUGAAAGAAGCCGCCAAUCUGCCCACAGCUUCUGCACGGGUCUCGGAACGUCUAAUUUCCAUCGACGCUGCACAAGGCCUUGAUCUUACCGUGGAACUUGUCGACACUUCAGUCAACAUGCACCCAACCCGUUCAGAUUCCAAAGACGGUGGAAACAUGUGUGAAUUGAUUUACCAUGUACUUCGUGUACUUCUUUUACGCCGACACGCUGUUAAAAACUCAUCGAAAGGGAAAGAAGCCAAUGGCCCUGCCGCAUCACAUUCGCUUCUACAACCAAUAAUUGACAUGCUGCAAUACCAAGUUUUUUGUGAACGGGUUGAAUUGGAACUACGCAAAGCAGUUCAAGCAUUAAAUAUCGCAGGCAUCCCUUCAUCACUUUCAUUUACGGCGAUCGGAGAAUCUGGAAAAAUACUUGUAUCACUUCUUUCGGAGGAAAGCAAAAACAAAAAAGAGGUCGGGGGAGAGGCAGUUAUACGAAUGGACAAUUGGCAUACUCUGUGGUUCACUUUUGUCUCGCCUUCAACUUUGACCGCGCAUCUACCACAAGCUACUUUAACAAUAUCUUCAUUGCCCCAGCUAUCUCAAUUAUUGAUGGACGAAAUAGAGAGAUGUAUCCUGAAGAAAAUAUGUGCGAUCGGCCGGCAAAUGAGCAGCGAGCGUAGUGGUAUUUGGUUUGUUGAUUUGAAUCGUUGUAUCGGAAAAUGGGAGGGCUGUGUACUGAAUUUUCAGGUAUAUUAUGGCGAUGAUUUAACUAUCGGUUGUUCGGCAUUUCGACUGGACGCAACAACAAGUAGCCAAGGGGAUAUUCGUAAGUUCAGUAGUGGUCAGAUUCCUCUGUUAGCUUGGGUAGAAGAAUCCAUACAAGCACCGAUGCGUUCUCAGUAA